GGGGGGGAGAGGGGGUUGUUCCCCGGCUUGGGAAGCGGCUCUGCCCUCCAGGAGAUGGGGAUCCCCUCGCAGGAUCGCCGCCCUGGCUCCCCGGGGCGCCGAGGUCGAUGCUGAGCGCCGGGUUUGGAGGCGGCGUUGAGUUCCCAGGGCCGCCGCCAUGAGGCACUGCUUCUACAACGAGACCGUGGGCUUCUUCUACAACAACUCCCGCAAGGAGCUGACCACGUACUGGCGCACCAAGGACGUGCUGGUGGUGGCCCUGGGCCUGACCGUGAGCGUCAUCGUGCUGCUGACCAACCUGCUGGUCAUCACGGCCAUCGUCAUCAACCGCCGCUUCCACUACCCCAUCUACUACCUGCUGGGCAACCUGGCGGCCGCCGACCUGUUCGCGGGCAUCGCCUACAUGUUCCUCAUGUUCCACACGGGCCCCCGCACGGCCGAGCUAUCCCUCAAGACCUGGUUCAUCCGGCAGAGCCUGCUGGACACCAGCCUGACGGCCUCGGUGGUGAACCUGCUGGCCAUCGCCGUGGAGCGGCACCAGACGGUGUUCACCAUGCAGCUGCACAGCAAGAUGUCCAACCAGCGCGUCACCAUCCUCAUCUUCUGCAUCUGGGUCACGGCGCUGCUGCUGGGGCUCAUCCCCUCCUACGGCUGGCACUGCCUCUGCGCCCUGGACAAGUGCUCCAGCAUGGCCCCCCUCUACAGCAGGAGCUACCUGACCUUCUGGGCCAUCUCCAACCUCGUCAUCUUCCUCAUCAUGGUGGUGGUGUACACGCACAUCUUCAUCUACGUCAAGAGGAAGAUGACCAGGAUGUCCAAGCACACCAGCUUCCACCCCCGCUACAAGGAGACCAUGAUCAGCCUGGUCAAGACGGUCACCAUCAUCCUGAGUGCCUUUGUGAUCUGCUGGACCCCCGGGCAGGUCGUGCUGCUCCUGGACGGGCUGGGCUGCAAGAGCUGCAACGUGCUGGCGGUGGAGAAGUACGUGCUGCUGCUGGCCGAGAUCAACUCCCUCAUCAACGCCAUCGUCUACUCGUACCGCGACACGGAGAUGAGGAGCACCUUCCGCCGCAUCCUGUGCUUCCCGUGCCCCCGCAACUCCAAGUACACGCCCACCGUGGUCAAGCUGAACACGGCCGACCGCGGCACCCUCUCGCACAACGGCCACUUCACCGUCGACUCCUCCAUCUAG